AUGUCUUCCUUUCUGGUGAUGCUCAGCCUACUUCUGCUAACUCAGCAUGCAGUGGCAAUCAACGAAAUAAGGGUCCAUCCUUACACUGACGUUACCUUACCUUGUCAUUUCUCCUUCGUGAAACGCAUCGAUGAUCUUGAAUUUUCCUGGGAAAGAGAAGACAUCAAGGAGGAAUUUGAGGUGGAAGAUGACAGCGAUUAUUUCCGGUUUUUUAGGUUCUAUGAUUUUUUUGAGGUGUUCUCAAAAGUGGUUUACCAAUUUAGAAAUAACAAGGAACAACCGGAGGAGCAGAACUCCAUGUAUGAGAAAAGAGUGUCUGUGGAUCCCGCAGAAAUUCCUGAGGGAAGCCUGUCCCUCUUACUAAAAAAUGUGAAUUUUCAGGAUCAAGCCAUCUACAAGUGCUCAGCUAUCUCCUCAAUUGGAAGGGGUGAAAGAAAAGUUAAGCUAAUCGUAGAAGAUUCUGAGGAGCCCCAGGUGCAAUUUAAGCAAAUCGAUGAUGAAACCGUGGCCACCUGCGUCUCCACAGGCUGGUAUUACCUGCCAAAUGUGACUUGGCUGGACCGAGGAGAGAGGGAUUUAUCCAACUACAGCACCGUGGAAAUCUUGGAGGAGCAGAUGAAUGGUGCAUAUAGAGUGUUUUCUGUCUUGAAAUACCCUGUCAAACUCAAUGAGAAAUAUGUUUGUCGCAUAAUAGAGACGGAUGUCAACUUUCAACCAUUUAGGACUAUCCGCAAAUUCCCCAGUAAGUGGAAUUGUAGUUAA